CCCACACUCUUACUCGAGUGUGCGUCACUUGAUUUCCAGAGAAACGAGCUGGAAAAAGGAGAAAAUCCUAUGCAUGAACUAUAAUGCAGGUGCAGCUCCUGGUGGGACCCAUCCCCACCGCAUUCGACGGCUCCGGUGCCUUAUCGUCUUCAUCAUCAGCCUCCUCCUUCAUUGCAGGUUUCAAUUCCUUAAUUGGUCCAGCAUGGGGCUGGGCCCACCGUCAUAACCGCUUAUCCCGCCUCCGUAAGUGGGGCUCAGUCGUGGUUGCAUCAUCGUCAUGGGCGGCCUUCAACAGCGAGCAAGACCACUACGCGGUGCUCGGCCUUGCUCGAACCGCCUCCUCCGCAGAUAUCAAACGAGCUUACCGCCUUCUUGCUCGCAAGUAUCAUCCUGAUGUCAGCAAGCAUUCACGAGCUAGUGAGCUGUUCAAGAGCAUCCGUCAUGCAUAUGAAGUACUCUCUCAUGAGGUAUCAAGGACUCGAUAUGAUCGAAUGCUUAAAUUUCAAGAAAAUGCAGGCAGUUCAUAUGGUAGGAAACAAUCCUAUAGUCAUGAAUUUGAAGAUGGGCUAAGAAUCUACAAAUGGGCUGAAUUGAGGAGGAAAAUGCAGCGUGAAAGAUACUGGGAACGUUAUAAUACAAGUGAAGAUAACUCUUCUUCUGACAGCGACACAGAAGAGGUGGCUGAAGAAGGAAACUUGGAUCAAGAAAGAGGCCCCUUCAGUGAAUUGCUUAGAUCUGUCUUCAUAUCUCUGUUUCUACUUCAAUUAUUUGGUUCUCAAAUAUCUAUUGCCUUCAGCAGUCUAAUGGCUUUAUUUGACCGAAAAUUGGAUCCUGGGUAUAAGAUUGGCUAUUUAAUUGCAUGGAUUUUGGGUGGAAGAGGUGGGAUUUUGCUUAUUAUAUGUCUCCAGUUUGCAAGUUGGGCUUGCGGGAAAACCAGCAGUAGCAUGGUUGCUCUGAUAGUGGUAGCUAUGUGGGUUGGUUCCAAUCUUGCGAGGUAUGCCCCACUCCCACAAGGUGCUCUUCUUACACUAUUGUAUAUGUCUAUGAAGCUGCAGGCUGACCUGAACUGAAGCUGUUGAUGUUUGGUGCUGCCGCUGCGCCUGGUUGUUAUAUUACUUUUAGAAGUGAUUCUCGUGCGCACAACCUCAUAUGCACACAGGAUUAUCAAAUGUUAAAUCAGAUGAACAAACAUGAUCAAGCGACAGAUAUCUUGUGCAUAUAUGAGGACGUGUUAAUGUGGCUACCUAUUUGUUUUUCUCUGCUAUCUGUUGUACAUAUGCUGUGGUAAUGAAUAAAAUAAGAGAUGUUCAAUC